AUCACCGGCAAUAGCGAGGCGAGGCCCGCCGAGAUACAACGUCAGUGAGAGGCCUGUGAGGGUGGCGGCCAUUUCGCCCAAGGGGCUGCGGCCCUUCCCCGCUGCAACGGCAGGGACCCAACGGCCAUUUUGGCAAAAGCCCGGGGCGCGGCUGAGCAGAGGCCGAGCUUCCCCCAUCCUCUCCCCCAGCUCGGCAACGCUUCCGGGGGAAGGGAAGGGAAGGAAGGGCUGGGCCCGGGAGGAGGGGAGCAGGGGAGCGCGGUGCCCUGUGGGAUCAAGUCAUUUUGCUGACUUCUACCAGACUGGCUGUUAGGUUUAAAACGCAGCGUGCACACAUAAGAGUAAGCUGAAGGUAAUUCUGAAGAUAUAUAGACUUAGAGAAGGCUCUGAACCAUGGACAGCCUCUGUGUGGCAAAUACCACUUUUGCACUCGACCUCUUAAGAAAGUUGUCUGAGAACAAAAGCAGGCAGAAUCUAUUCUUUUCACCUUUUAGUAUUUCUUCUGCUUUGUCUAUGAUUUUGCUGGGUUCAAAAGGUAACACUGAAGCCCAAAUAGCAAAGGUGCUUUCUCUGAACAAAGAUGAGGAUGCUCACAAUGGGUAUCCAUCACUUCUCUCUGAAAUUAAUGAUCCGAACACCAAAUAUAUACUGAGAACUGCUAACCGACUUUAUGGAGAAAAGACAUUUGAGUUUCUCUCAUCAUUUAUAGAGUCGAGUCAGAAACUCUACCAUGCUGGACUAGAACAGACUGACUUUGUGAAUGCUUCAGAGGAUUCCAGAAAACAAAUUAAUGGCUGGGUAGAGGAAAGGACUGAAGGUAAAAUUCAGAACCUGUUGGCGGAGGGGAUUAUCAAUUCACUGACGAGACUUGUGUUGGUGAAUGCCAUCUAUUUCAAAGGCAACUGGGAAAAGCAGUUCAACAAAAGCAGUACAGCAGAAAGGCCAUUUCAUAUUAACAAGAAUGAGACCAAGCCUGUGCAGAUGAUGUUCAAGAAGGAUAGAUUUAACAUGACCUAUAUUGGGGACUUCCAGACCAAAAUCCUUGAGCUCCCUUACGUUGGUAAUGAACUCAGCAUGAUCAUCCUGCUCCCUGAUGCAAUCCAGGAUGAAUCCACUGGCUUGGAAACCCUGGAAAGAGAACUUACGUAUGAGAAGCUGAUAGAUUGGAUCAAUCCUGAAAUGAUGGACUGUACAGAGAUGAAGGUGUCUUUACCCAAAUUUAAACUGGAAGAAAAUUAUGAUCUGAAACCCCUUCUGAGCAGCAUGGGAAUGCCUGAUGCGUUUGACUUGGGGAAGGCAGACUUCUCGGGAAUCUCAGCUGGCAACGAGUUGGUGCUCUCUGAAGUAGUUCACAAGUCCUUUGUGGAAGUCAACGAAGAAGGCACUGAAGCAGCAGCUGCCACAGCAGGAGUGAUGAUGCUGCGCUGUGCAAUGAUCGUUCCAGAAUUCACUGCCGAUCAUCCGUUCCUCUUCUUCAUCCGGCACAACAAAACUUCCAGCAUUUUGUUCUGUGGCAGAUUUUGCUCUCCCUAAAAAGGAGAUGUCAUGGCAGAAGAGCCACCAUUACUCAGUAAUGUUCUGUUUCUUUACAAAAGGGCUGCUCUUUUUGCACUAAUUGUCUCUUUCAACUGUGCCUGAAUUUCUGUGGUCUUCAUCACAGGCUUGACUAGAAUAACAUACACAGCAACUGUCAUUAACACCAUCUCUCUUGCCCUGUGCACCCGAGUGCGGGGGUCUCUGAAUUCUUGGUGACACAUGAAACAUCCCGCUUCCUCAAUGAAAGCUUUGGCUGUCCUUGCGGUCCCCGUUGCACUUCUCUUUUUGUGGCCACCUGGCAGCAAGUCAGGCAGUGACAUCUCAUGAGAAAGGAAGAAGUUAAUUCUGUUUCUGAUGAGGCUGGAGCACAUCUUUAGCUUCCUUCUCCCUUUUUCUUCCCAUCCCUCUUUUUUUUUUUAAUUUUUUGUUUUUUAAUGCCGUGAUACAUUUCCUAGAGAUGAAAGGAAGCUUUGGCAGCCUGUUCCCAGUGUUGUUAAGCAUCCUGACUAAAUAGGGGUGUGUUUUUGGAUAAUAACUGGAUGAGCACUUAGGGAGGAAUGGUAAUAAAAGUAUGUCUUUGUACCAAAUGUCCUUAUAGGGUAUUCAAGGGGUGAGGAGCCUUGUUUUAUCGCCACAGGACACCUGGUUUUAUUACCUAUCACCUAGUUUAUCAGUCCUAUAACAAAGAAUGUAAUGAAAAAGCAUAUGGUGCCUAUGCAAUAUUUAAAUGACAAAGCUUUAAUUUUUUGCUAUUCUUAAAUAUUUUUUCUUAUUCACAAUGUCUGAAACAUGUUAGUUUAACUGUAUAAUACCAAAGACACAGCUGAAACAGCUUUCCUGGUAACAGUGAUUUGUUUUGCUGUUUCUGUUCCUGAGAUAAUAAAAGAACUGAAAGUGCUGUAA